AUGACAACAAUAUCAUACCAAUCAGCUGCUGAUACAAUCUAUCAUUCACAUCAUAUCCCUGUUGAAGAGCUAAUUUUCAACCGUGAUCAUCAAAGUGAAAUAAUAAAAUUCCUAGAAGCUGUCGACAGAAUCCAGCUGUCCCCCGCUGACGGAACAGAAUCUGGUGACCUGAACUCCAUGGCCAUGGUUCGGCUCAAGCACGAGUUUCUGACAGUUCUCACAGCACAAUCUGAUCCGAUUGGCACUGUUGAUUUAAUUACCUCUAAUAGGAGUUCAUUAACCAGUAUUGGAUACGAGGAUUAUUUAUCAGUAUACAAUUCACCGAGUGACGAGGUGAUUUUAUAUCUCAGGCAUGUCGCCGAAAGAUUAAAUUCCGGGGGACACCUUGGUGAUUGCAUCAAAAUUUACAAGAGUGUGAGGAAACCCUUUUUCCGCACUAUGAUGAAACAGCUUCGCUUGGAAGAAUUGUAUAUGGGUUGGAAUGCAAAGAGGUUUAUAAGUGCCUCAAGAAAAAGAGAUUUCUAUGGGAAGAGUUGA